CUGGAGGGGGGGCGCGAGCGGGCGGCCGGGGAGGGGCCGGCACCGCCGCGGCAAAAUGAGCCUGCUGUCGGCCAUCGACACGAGCGCCGCCUCGGUCUACCAGCCGGCCCAGCUGCUCAACUGGGUCUACCUGUCGCUGCAGGACACGCACCAGGCCAGUGCCUUCGAUGCCUUCCGGCCGGAGCCGCCCGCCGGCGCCGCGCCCCCGGAGCUGGCCUUCGGCAAGGGCCGCCCGGAACAGCUGGGCUCGCCCCUGCACUCCAGCUAUCUCAACAGCUUCUUCCAGCUGCAGCGCGGAGAGGCGCUGGGCAGCAGCGUGUACAAGAGCGCCUCGCCCUACGGCUCCCUCAACAACAUCGCCGACGGCCUCAGCUCGCUCACCGAGCACUUCUCUGACCUGAGCCUCAGCUCCGAGGCCCGCAAGCCCAGUAAGCGGCCCCCGCCCAACUACCUGUGCCACCUGUGCUUCAACAAAGGACACUACAUCAAAGACUGCCCCCAGGCACGCCCCAAAGGCGAGGGGCUGACGCCGUACCAGGGCAAAAAGCGCUGCUUCGGCGAGUACAAGUGCCCCAAGUGCAAGAGAAAAUGGAUGAGCGGCAACUCGUGGGCCAACAUGGGGCAGGAGUGCAUCAAGUGCCACAUCAACGUGUACCCGCACAAGCAGAGACCCCUGGAGAAGCCCGACGGCCUGGACGUGUCUGACCAGAGCAAGGAGCACCCGCAGCACCUGUGUGAGAAGUGCAAGGUCCUGGGCUACUAUUGCCGCCGCGUCCAGUGACCACCGCCGCCGCCCACUUGCCCGCCCACAGCCGUCCUCCUGCCAGCCCAAGCCGACAGCACCCGCUGUGUGUGCCCUGGGCUCGGGGCGGAGGGCGGACUCCCGGGUCUUGUCUUGUGUGUGUUGACAAACACUGUUGUUGACCUUGCUGCUCCCGCAGGUGGUGGGAGGUGGCGGCUCCAGGAAUCUGGUGGGCCUGCGGGCUCCGGGGCCAGGCCCAAGGCCAGCAGGAGUCAGCACCCAGCCCUUGGUGUCCCUGAGAGUCCCUUUGGGGUCAUCAGCCUUGCAUUGGCCACAAGUGCACUAAAUUUACUGUGAAUCCCAGUACCCGCAGGGGGCCGUCUCCCACCGCACCGUCCCUCCCCUCGGCCAGCCUCAGCUUCUUGUCCUGUUGCAAUCAGUGAGCACAGCAAGCAGAAGCCUGGUGCAGCAGCUGCCGGGGCCAUGGGUCCCUCUGGGCCCUACCCAUGGAGGCCCAGAUCUGGCCUGCCUCUGAUGUCACUGGUGUUGCACCUGGGCGCUGCACCCCCGCCACCCUGGACCCAGACAGGCAGAGGUCAGGGGCAGGGAGGCCCUGAAUGCGGGCCUUUACUCCCACCCCCAGCCCCCACCUCACACCUGCCCACUGCCCGGGCUCCACCAGCCCCCUGCCCUCCCACCCGCACAGGACAAAUAGUCCUGGUGAUGGCAGAGAUGCCCAGCCUGGCCCCUCCCUGGUAAGAAGGACACGGGCCUGGCUUUUGCUGCCCACAGAGGGCUUCUCCUCUCUGGGCCUCAGUGUGCCCGUGAGUGCGGUGAGAGAGUGACACCGGAAAGCCAAGUGGCCCGUUUCGGGUCCCACGAUCUGCAGCUCAGAGCCGUCUCCUGGAACAAAGGGCUCCAUUUGGAGAGUUGCAGGGGGCCGGGAUCAUGGGUGGGGCUGUAGCCGUCACCAUCAUCCCCCAGUGGUCACUUAGGCAGGCAGCCUGAGGGAGCCAUGUCCUUUUCCCAUGCUGCCCUGGCCCUGCCUGUUGUCCUUUGUCCCAGUAACACAAAAAGACCCCACCACCACCGCCACCCACCUAGGCCUCCCCAGCUCCUCUCACAGGCCGCCCAGGGACAAGCUGCAGAGCCUCUGGUUUGGGAACUGGGGACAAUGACUUCCUACGUCCCUAGGGAGCAGGGAGGCCCCUGUCCCCUGCGGUGAGAAGUCUCUGCCAUCUUCCUCCCCCUUCCAGGGAGAGAGGGACCUGGCCGGCACCACUGGGUCGGCUGCCUUUGCCCCAACAUUGUGCCUCUAUGGAAAAAAAAAAAAUCAGACCACAAAACAGGCCUGAAAUCCAGUGUUUACCAAGGCUGAAGGACGCCGGUCUGGUGCCCAGCGGCCUUCUGUUUGCAAAUGAAAAUGCUGUGUGCGUGGGAGGAGUGACAGUGAAGUGUUCCGCAGAGGUCCGGAGUGCGAGUGAGGAGUAGGCGGGCGCGGGGCGGGCUGGGUUUGGGGGCCAUCCGUCUGAGCACCGAGCAAAGGUGUGCGUGCUGCAGCCCCGCCCGCCAGGGGGCAGCAGGCCCUACCUGUGGCAGACUGGACACCCUGCCGCCCUGAGCACUGCAUUGCUUAGCUGCUCCCUGUCCGUCCAGGAUGUCGGGGAGAGCUGGGGCCGGGGGAGCUCUGGCCCAAGGCCUCUGUCCCCAGGACCGAGCUGGUGCUGUCAGUCACGGGGCACCUCUAAAGAGGAGGUUGGCAGUGACGGGCUCUGUACUUGCCUGAGGUCAAACCCACAGGGACCCUGGGCCCAGGGCUGCGGGACACCUGCUACCUGGGCUGCAGAGGUUGGGGAAGCACCCCCCCCAAGAGAACCCAGGCUCCACAGGGCAAAAGGAGAUGGGCUAUCACCCCAACAGGACCUCUCAGUGGGCAUGUCCAGCUGGCAGCCACUGCCCUGACCAUCUGCACAGAGCCUGUCACCUGUCACCUUGGGGGUGGGUCCUCCAGCCUGUAGCAGCCCCUCCACGUCCCUCCCCACCCCCCAAGCCCUUGCACUGUUCUAGCUGAAUCUGGGAGCCACUGCUGCCCAGGCUGGUACUUGGAGAAUUAAGUGCUCAGCGGGCCAGGGAGCCCAGCGGAUGAGAAAGUGUGAUUUUAGUACGUUCAAAAGGGACAAUCGCUGGUAGUUAGAAGAUGUGGCUGUCUAGUUGGAAGAGAAUGGGGUUUACCCCGUAUGAAGUAUUCGAUAGCUCUACUUGUGAAUUUGUAUUUAUUUUGAGUUAUACUUGACACAGAAUUCCUUUUUUUAAAAAAAUACUAUGUGUGUAUUUUGGAAAAAAAAUUCAUAGAUGUUAAAAUUUCUGCAUGGUUACCGAUUUUUCUUACAAAACUGAAUUUGAUAGCUUUUCCCGAAAAAGAUCUUCACAGCGAUUUUUGUCUGUAUAUAUUUGAGGGCCUUUUUUUUUUUUAUAAAAAAAAAAAGAAAAGAAAAGAAAAAUACAAUUGCCUGACUUUUGACAUUGAAGAAACAAACAAAAAGAGGCAUUUUCAAAACUUCAGAUUCCAGGAGGGCCGGCGAAUAUCAAACACAGAUUUCUGGAAGUAUUUGCAAACCUUCUGGUUGAGCUACAAGAAAAUAUUGAUGGUGAGAACUGUCCUCUUUUUUUCCUGUUACUGGGUUUGUUGUUUUACUAUGCUUUGGUCUGUAAAAAAAAGUAUGCCGCUGAGCUACACAAAGAAGGAAAUAUUGUCGACAUAGAAUAUUAUAUGAGGUUGGUACAUAAUUAUGAUGAGAAAAAAAAAAAAAACCUUUGCAAUUCUUGAAGCCAUGGUGUUGUUAUCCUGUGUUGUUCUCCUUGGAUGAAAAUAUCAGUAUUAAGUAGCCAGCAUAUCAUUCACGUGUUUAGACGUAUUAAUGUGUUCUUGUCCUGUAUGUAUAUGUAUGUGUAUUUUGGAAAGUAUUGCCUUUUUUUUAAGAGACGCUAUUAUUAGAUACACAGCGGAAAAGGGAACAGUGCCCCUUCGUGCCUCUUCCGUUCGGAUAACCAGCACAGUUGUAAUCUCUUGCACCUUCUUACGAUACCUUGUUAUUACGGUCGUCUUGCUCUUGUAGGGCAGGCGGGGAGGGAGUGAGGGAAGAGGACACAUUUGCCUGCUCUGGCCCUCUGUGGUCUGCCAGCCCCUGGGUCAGCGAGGAGGGAUCUUCUCCCUGAUCCUCUCUGAAGCUUUGUUGCCUGAGCCGGGCCUGGGGGGCCCCCUCCUCUUUGAACUUGGACUUAUCCACCGGAGCCCCUACACCUGCCCUGCAGUGUCUAAAUAGACUUGAAUCUAACGAAUAUUUAAUCCAACCUCACUCCACGGUAGCCCAGGGCAACAACUAACCCUGAACCUCGGAGCGUCACAGCCGUCAGUGAGGAGGCCGGGGAGGCGCUGCUGGCACCGGGAUUCAUCCGUCCUGGUGGCCGGGUGGCUGGUCGACCUUCUCCGCUCGGUGUGACGAUCCUGUCCGUGCCUGCGUCUGUUACUACGUGUGUGUCCAGCUAAAAAGACAAACAGAGCCCGUGGCCCAGCUCGGAGGCUGCCCUCGGGAUGGCAUUCCGUUGUGUGCCUUAUUCCUGGAGAAUCUGUAUACGGCUUGCCUAUAGAAACAUAGCCUUUUCAUGUUGUAUUAAACGGACUUUGAAAAGCGAGA